UGUGGUAUGAACCAAACGCCACCAGUGGAUCAACUCCGUCCAACACGUCUUACACACAGCUGCUCCAGGCUCUGUUUCAGAACGUACCAACAUCGAUUCCUAUCCAGGUACCAAGGCCUGAGUACAAACAGAAUGUCCUGGGUCAGACGAGCACCUCCCUCCUCGAUGUCAUCACUUUGAGUAACCAACUACGUGUAGGAUUUUUUCAUGAAUGUCUUCUCGGUGGCGACACGAACCACUUGAUCAAUGCGUUUCCUAGACUAAACGCUUCUACUUUAUCGAAUACGAGUUAUAUAUCCGCCGAUACCAAAUAUAACAUCAUGGGUGGUAGGACCUGUCAUCCCGGUGAUACCAGGAAUGGUCCAGACUUGUGCACUGAUUCCAUGGAGUUGUUUGAGAAGAUCCACAUGACGUAUUUGGAUAUAGAGGACCCGGAUGAAUCUCUAAAAUACUAUAGACACCAUAACUGUUUUGACACUAUUCGUCACAGACUGGGCUACCGUCUGUUUCUACACACGGUAGACCUGCCAACAGCGGCUUAUGUUGGGGAACUUAUGUGCAUCCACGUCAGUUUGGUAAACAAAGGAUUCGCUACCCCUGCCCGAAACGUAGACAUCUUCAUUGUCCUCAAACUCAACACAACGAUUGUAUAUCGGUUAGACCUGUCUGUCAACAAGGCUUUGGACAAACUAUGGCAGUCCGGUCUUGCAGAAAUACCACUGGUGACCAAAACGUUCCACUUAGCACAUGGCAUGCCUCCUGGACAAUAUAAG